AUGUCUAACAGCAACGAGGACAAGGAGAAGGGCAUCGUCCACUAUGUCGUUGCCGACCUUACUUCUCUCGACCUCUCUUCUCCCGAUGACUCGAUCAUCGCUAGCCGCUUCUCGCGAUAUGGCACGCUUGGGCCUAUCAUGCAGAAGCUCUUCGCUAGUGGUGUUGAGGCGAGAGGUGUCGAAAGGAUCCCCGAACGAGAGAGGGAGAGCAAGAAAGUAUGGAACAACCUCUUGUUUUGGUGGUCAGCUAAUUGUGCGUUGACGACCAUUCCAGUCGGAGUCUUAGCCCAGGAGUUCUACACCCUCACUUUCCCGCAUGCUGUUGCGGUUAUCCUUUGCUUUGGUGCUCUUGGUGCUAUUUUCACGUCGUUCAUCGCCACACUUGGUCCCAAGACCGGCCUGCGGACAAUGGUCAUUACUCGGUAUAGCUCAGGCUACGUCGGCGGUUCCAUCUAUUCCGUCUUGAAUAUCUUGACGCAACUUGGCUUCUCGGUCACGGCAGUAAUUCUUGGCGGUCAGACAUUGGCGUCAAUUAACCCAGGAACACUUCCCCUUGUAGCCGGCGUCAUCAUUAUCAGCAUCUGCAGUGUGGUCCCCUGCUUUGUCGGUUAUAACCUCGUGCACUUUUACGAGCGCUACGCUUGGGUGGUUAUAUUCAUCGUCAUGCUCUUCCUGUGGGGUCUUGGUGGGCACGCCGGCUUCGACAUUAGUGCUCAGAAGGCAAACGAGGACACCGGCAGAAAUCUGUCCGCGGAUGUUUUAAGCUUUGGAGGAAUUAUCUUUGGAACUUUCACCGGUUGGGCACCAGUUGCAGCCGAUUUCAAUUGCAGGCUGCCAGCCGAUACAUCCAGUGUCCGCGUUUUCACCCUCACGUUCUUAGGGGUGUUCAUUCCGACCACAUUCGUUGAGAUCCUCGGUGCCGCCUUGAUGACAAUCACUGAUCCGGCAUACGUCGAUGCGUUUGCAAACGGUAGCACUGGUGGCCUACUGAGCCAGGUACUCUCCCCAUGGAAAGGCGGGGGCAAGUUUAUUCUUGUCCUGCUCGCGAUGUCAAUUGUUGCAAACAACAUCCCGGGCACUUAUUCCGCCGCCCUGUCGAUGCAGGCCCUUGGCCGCCCUUUUACCGUCGUCCCACGUUUCUUCUGGGUGCUCCUUGCCUUCGUCGUCUACACUAUCGCCGGCGUCGCCGGUCGUGAGCACUUCUCAGAGAUCCUGUCCAACUUCUUGAGUAUCCUCAGUUAUUGGACGGCGUUCUUCGUGGUCAUCGUUGCCGAAGAGCAUUUCAUUUUCCGUCGUCCCAAUGGGCCGCUUGGAGGGUACAACCUCGACGAUUGGGACAAACCGAGGCGUCUUCCCCUUGGUGUAGCCGGUAUUGUUGCGGGCUGUUGCGGUGUUGCUGGCGCCGUCGUCGGUAUGACCGAAGUCUGGUACACCGGACCGAUAGGCAAAGCCGCCGGCGGUUUGUUUGGUGCCGACCUCGGCUUCGAGCUCGCUGCUGGCUUCGCGGCCGUUUCAUACGCACCAUUACGCUGGCUCGAAAUCAGGCUCGUGGGACGAUAG